AUGGUUUCUAGUGAAGAAGAAUCUGAUAUUAAAACGGGGGACACAGUAGAAUGGGAUGUGGAAAUGGAAAUACAAUUAUUUUACGCAAUGGCAAAUCAUAAGCCGGUUGGAAUAAACAAACAUUUUCAUAUGGCUUGCAUUUGGGAAAAAUUAUCAAAUUCUAUAACGAAAGAAAUAUCCACGCACGAUAUUUGGAAACAUCUUGAGACACUUUAUGACAUGUCAAUGCUGGAGGAUACAGAGCCAAUACCUUUUCCAAAUAGUGAAGUUCCUUUCAGUUUACCUGAUAGUGAGUUUGGCGCCCUUAUUAAACAAAGGUGUAAAGAAGCUAUACUAGCUGAUGACAGUGAUGGAGAUGGUCGAAGUCCAUCACCAAAAACUUCAACACCCAAAAGUACUUCAAGAGGUACAACAUCUAAAGACGGAAUUCCCAAAGGACGCAAGGACAGCAUAAGUGCGUUGGCUACAAAAACAAGAAAGGAGAGUGGAAGCUCACAUGCUUCAACUGACACACCAAGCAUCAAGUCUGAGAAGGAUUAUGAUCGCCGACGUGAUUCAAGGGAUUCGAAUGCUUCGGGACCUCGUGACAGCUCAAUCCAUAGAAAGUCAAUAUCACAAAGAGAUAAAACCAACAAGUCAAAAGUUUCGUCAGUAGCAGCAUGGGAUUCCCCUCUUUUAGAUGAGGACAGCGUAUCUCGUCGAGGCCGUCGACGUGCCAACACCUCAACUCCGCCUGCAACAACACCAGCAAAACGAAGAAGGACAUGA